GUUUCUUCUUAAUGCUGGAGGAAGAUAGUCCACGGCCGUUAUGUUAACCCACCAGGCCCGCACCCUGUCCCGGCAGCUGACCGUGCUGGGCCGGUCCUCCCUGUGUUGGUUCCCCCACCCUGGGUUCCUGUACAGAGGGCUCUCUGCCCUCUUAGCCACCCCUCGGCUCCUGGUGCCCGGCAGAGCCCCCGGCUUCCAGGCCCCCGCUCCUGCAACCUUCCCCCAGGACAGGGGCUCCCUCCUGGGCCAGUGCCAGCACCUCCCCUGUCUGCAGCCCUGCGCUGAGAUGAAGACCAAGAGUUCUCUGAAACGACGUUGCAAAGACUGCUUUUACGUGCGUCGAAGGGGACGUUUGUUUGUGUUCUGUAAGACACACCCGAGGCACAAGCAGAGACAGGGGUGAAGUGGGAGAGGUGUGCAUGAGUCAGGUUGAACACGAUAAGUUGGUUGGGUUUCUUUGACGCAAUAAAGUGUUGAUUUAAUAAUG